GCCUUAGGCCCGCAGGAGCCAGACCCCAAAACGCCAUUUUGCGUCCCUGCAUCCAGCUCUACCUCAAAAACGCCCCAAAUUUCACCAGACCCCCCUCAGACACCACUGUUUUGUACUCUUGCGGUCACCUCGAAUGCCCCGAGGUUUCCAGCCCCCCAGAACAUCAUUAUUUUACCCUCCUACAGCCACCUCAAAAGCACCCCAAAUUCUCCAGCCACCAAAUACUGUCAUUUCACAUUUAUGCGGCCAGAUCAAAACGCCCCAAAUUCCCCAGACCCCCCCCCAAAAACGCCAUUUUGCACUCCUGCAGCCCAAAUCCCAUCCAGAACCGCCCCCAAGCCCCUGUAGCCCACCCAGCAGCAGCCCCAAAUCCUGCCCCCCUACACUGGGACCCCAAAACAUUUGGGAGCUUCUUGUUAGAGGGUCUGGGAGUCCCCUUUCUCCAAAGGCUUCACCCUGCUGGAGGCUGAGGUCCAAGGAUCCUGCACUUGGGUGCUGUGGGGACAAAGCCAGCAGGCUCCGUGGGGGGGUACAAGCCCACGUUGAUGCUCAUUCCACUCAUCCUUGGCGUGGCCGCGCUUCGUCUCCAGCCCACGGGGGACACAGGGAAAGUGGGUGCCCUCGGCUCCUGGGAAGGGGAAACCCAGGAGGAGGAGGAGGAGGAGGAAGAGCAGCAGCGGAGAGCAGAGGCCUGGGAGCAGCCACCAGCAUCCCGGUGGCCCCCGCAGGCAAGCAGAAGGCCCCGUUAAAGAAGAGUAUGAAAGCAGCCGAACUAGGUGUUUUAUUAAAUGUAUCAAUACACAUUUUCCACAUGAUCUGCGGAUUCAUCGUCGCCUCCUCUCACCCGCGUUUGCCCUCUCCACACCGACACUUGAGAAUAUCGACCCCACGAUUCAUCUUUACAGGCACAGGGAAAGGAAGAAAAAAAAAAAGCAGCCGGUAUUUACAGCGGUUUGGGAACAACAGCAGCUCACCCUCCCGCGGCCUCAGAGCACACUUGGUUAUUCUGCAGGGUUUAAAAACAAAAAAUAAAUCACCAACAUAAAAAAAGAAACGACGCACGUUAUUCACAGUAUCCAACAGCCUGGCGGGUGUCCGUGUGUCCGUCCUCUGGGUCCCGCAGGCGAGCCACGGCCGUGAUGAGACACACCGCUUCAUGCUUUUAUUUAAAAAAUACACGUUUAUUUCGUUUGCUUCCCUUAGCAGGUGAAAUACAAAAAGUUAAAGCAUGGUUAAGGGGAUGGAAAUCACAGACACGGGAGGAAAAACAAACGCCUUCAUGUCCCCAGGUCACCAGGUGGUUUUUACAUAUGUACAGUGGCGCCGUCGUUACCGCCGCUAUUUUGAAGUAACAGCACGGAGUUAAAUGAAAAACCUCCAAGCAGAACAACUCCCAGCUUCCACUGAUAAAAUGUUUUGGUUUGCCUUCUCUUUACGGUAAGGGUUCCCUUAUCACCAGU